AUGGGCCGCUGCUCGCAGCAAGGCGACGCGAAGGCGAAGGCGGCGAAGGCUGCCCACCCCGGCAAGGGCCGCGCGGAGAAGAAGGCGAAACAGGGCGAGAAAAAAGAAGAAAGAACGUGCCUGUAUGCCUUGCUGGGCGUCGAGCCGACGGCCUCUCAGAGCGAAAUCACAAAGGCAUACCGCAGCCUCGCGCUGCUGCUCCAUCCCGACAAGGUCGCGCAUCGCCUGGAGCAGCAAGCGGCGAGCGAGGAGACAAAGGACAAAAAGAGCUUCGAACAGCUCAAGGAAGAAGCCACGAAACACUUCCAAGAACUCCAGGCUGCCUACGAAGUCCUGAAAGACCCCAAAAAACGGAAAAUCUACGACGAAACAGGCAGCACCGGUGAAGAGACAGAGUCGUUCGAGGAAGCCUACUCGUACUACCGCCGCGUCUUCCCAGAGUUUGACUUCGCGGACAUCGACAGCUACCGCGAACAGUACCUCGAGAGCGAGGAAGAAAUCCAAGAUAUACUCGACUUCUGUGACAGGUUCGACGGCGACCUGACGCACUUCUUCGAGUACAUUCCCUUCAGCGACAAAGACAGCUUGCCGCGCUACAUUCGCAUUCUCGACGACUUGGUUCAGACGAAGAGAGUGAAGCGGAGCAAAAAAUUUAAAGACACCUUCGAGCUCCUGGAGGCGCAGGCGGAGAAGCUGGCGGCCCUCGUCGAGAAGGAGAGCAAGCAGCUGCUGAAGAAAAACGCCAAAAAGAAGAAGGACGACGACUUCGAGAGUCUGGUGUUAGCUAUCGAGAGCAACCGCAAGAAGCGGGCGAAGGGCGCGGAGGCGUUUUUUGCGCAACUUGAAGCCAAGUACGGGGACAUGGACUCAGACGAGGAGCUCAUGCUGCCGCGUGCAAAGGGGAAGAAGAAGGAGCAGAGCGGUAGCAAGCGCAGGCGAAAGAACUAG